CCACCCUUCCAUACCACCCACCAAAAAAUGGGGCACCCUUUCUUUCUCUUCCUCCUCUUCUUCUCUUUCUGCAAAAGCGGUUUCCCAAAACCGCUUGAGUCCCAAACCCUGCUCUUGAGGCCUCUCUCAAAACCACCCCUCCUUGAUGAAGACCUGAAACAGGAGGAGACAGAGGGUGACCUGUCGGAUCAAACCUCUCUGUUUCUCACUCUACACCACCGGGACUCUCUCUCACUAAACUUGACCGCAGAGGAGCUCUUCAAACUCAGGUUAGAGAGAGAUGAUGCUAGGGUUAAGUCCUUGACCAACUGGGUGAAUCUUGCAGCCGCACUUGGGAGUAGCCAUAGGGGCCAUCACCAUGGUGCCGCCAACCCUGCGGCUCAUGCAAAUGGGUCUGUGCAGACGAGAGGCCGUGGACAGGCCUUCACUGCCCCAGUGGUGUCGGGCCUCCCACAGGGCAGUGGUGAGUACUUUGCGCGUGUGAAGGUGGGCACCCCCCCACAGCCCAUGUAUAUGGUCCUUGACACAGGAAGUGACCUCGCCUGGCUCCAAUGCACCCCUUGCCGACAUUGCUACCGCCAGGUUGGUCCCAUCUUCAACCCAUCCUCCUCUAGCAGCUACUCCACCCUCCCUUGUGCUGCUCCCCUCUGCCGCCGCCUCGAAAUUCGUGCUUGCGAUCGCCGACACCAAUGCCUUUACCAGGUCUCAUAUGGUGAUGGCUCUUUCACGGUGGGCGACUUCUCGACUGAGACCCUCUCCUUCGGGCGCACCGCCCUCCCACACGUUGCCCUCGGAUGUGGGCAUGACAAUGAGGGCCUCUUUAUCGGGGCUGCUGGCCUCCUCGGUCUUGGACGUGGCUCCCUCUCCUUGCCCUCCCAAUUUUCCCAACGCUCCAUCCAUGGCUUCUCUUACUGUCUCACUGACCGAUCCUCGCCCUCCCCUGGCUCACUCUCCUUUGGCAACCUUCCCAACCCGUCCACAACUGUCUUCACCACCAUGAUCAAGAACCCAAAACUUGACACAUUUUACUAUCUUGGCCUCGUUGGCAUCAGCGUUGGUGGAGCCCGCCUCCCUAUAUCUUCAUCUUUGUUUAGACUGGACCCAACAGGAAAUGGUGGGGUCAUUGUUGACUCGGGUACAUCUGUUACCCGACUUGUGUCCUCGGCGUAUGAUGUUGUGCGGGACGCAUUUAGGGCUGGGGCGACAGGGCUGCCACUGGCCGACUCAUUCUCCCUUUUUGAUACGUGCUAUAAUCUGGGGGGGAGGGAUGUGGUGAAGGUGCCGACAAUGGUGUUCCAUUUUGAUGGUGGUGCAGACUUGUCAUUGCCAGCAUCCAAUUAUUUGAUCCCUGUGAACAAUCAGGGGGUUUUCUGCUUCGCAUUUGCAGGUACAAGAAGUGGGUUGUCGAUCAUCGGGAAUAUUCAGCAACAGGGGUUUAGUGUGGUCUUUGAUGGCAAGAACUCGAGGAUUGGGUUCGUGCCCAAGGGUUGCGCUUAGGUGAGCUUCAAGCCUAGGUUGGAUUGUAUGGUUAUCAUUGCUUGUGUUCAGGCAUAGGCUUGCUUUGGGUCCAGUCCUAGGUGAGCUUGGUUCAACCCCAGGUUAGUUCAGGUUCGAGCCUUGGUUGACUUUUGUUCCGUUGGAUUCGGCUUUGGUUUGGGCCUAGGUUAGGUGCUUGACUUGCUGAUGAAGACCUGUGUUAGAUAGUGGCUGUCCCUUUUAUAAUUUUUCUUAUUUUUCUCUUCUGCAAGAAAAUUUGGGAAAUGAAUCAAUGAGGUUAAAUUGUUGUUUAUUUUUCGGGUUCGAGGGAAAGGGAGGUAACACCCUUGACUGUUUCUGGAAAUACCAGAAAUUUCUCUUCUAUGGAGGAGAGGCUUAUUUUUAGCCCCCAUUGAAAGCACUUAUUUUCAUGUAAUACUUAUGUAGUGUUAUUCAUGAUAAGGAUGAUGAGGUAAAAUAAAGUUAUAAUAGAUACUUUUCAGAUAGUUA